CUUGACCCAUGCAAUAUCAACAAGAAAAACGCAUUUGUUGUCUGAAAAUGCAAACUGCUUGCAAAUUAUAAAAGUGCUUGAUUAUUAAAAGUGUGGGUGUGUGUAUAUGUGAGUGCUGGGCUAACAAAUGAUGCCCUAUAACAUGCGUGUCGGUGGCAGCAACGCCAUGACACGUGAGUACGCUGGCGGGAGCAUCAAUGGCAUUUUGCGCAAAACAGGAACCGCUGCAGUCGCAGCAGCAGCAUCAGCAUCAGGCGUGGGCCCAAAUGGGGCGGCGGAUGGACGGCAACCCGCCUUGGAGCUGCUCGUCUUUGGAUAUGCGUGCAAGAUAUUUCGGGAUGAUGAGAAGGCACGAGAGAUGGAUCAUGGGAAACAGCUGAUACCCUGGAUGGGCGAUGUAAAUCUCAAAAUAGACAGAUAUGACGUACGUGGAGCGUUGUGUGAACUGUCAACAUACGAAGCACCACCAGGUGGCUAUGGGAAUCGUUUGGAAUACCUCAGCGCCGAGGAGCAAAGGGCGGAGCAACUGUGCGAAGAGGAGCGUUAUCUGUUCCUCUAUAACAACGAAGAAGAGCUACGGAUGCAGCAAGAGGAGGAUCUAAAGCGUCUGCAACAGGAAACCUCCGGCGGCAAUUACAGUCAAGUGGACUUUCAUUAUGAUGGCCAGUCCGCGUCGACAUCAGCCUCGGAUGCAACGUCACCGAUACCGGUGUCAACAACACCGACCGACGAAUCCGAGCUGCCCUACACAAUGCCCAACAAUCUUCUUGUGGCGCCCAUGCCCGGCAUACAGCUGCCGGACACGAUGAAGCAGCAUGCUAUCAUUGAAAAGACUGCCCGUUUCAUUGCCACCCAGGGUGCCCAGAUGGAAAUCCUUAUCAAGGCCAAGCAGGCGAACAAUGCACAGUUUGAUUUUCUAUCGCAAGGCGGUCAACUGCAGCCAUAUUAUCGUCAUCUCUUGUCGGCCAUCAAGCAGGGCAAGUAUGCGCCGUCAAUGGAAGCAGCGACGGAUAAGGCGAACACGCCAGCGGAUGGAAACCUGUUGCCGGGCAGUCCUAAGCGGAAUCAACAGAUCAUUACCGUGCCGAUAAUCAAGUAUAAGCCGUCGGCCAAUUGCGCCUACACGCAGCUCAUCAGCAAAAUUAAAGGUGUGCCGCUGCAGGCGGUAUUGGACGACGAGGUAGCUUCGCAAAAUUCCGGGGGAACCGCCUCGCCUACACUCAGCUGCAAGUCGGAGGGACAGAGUCAAAGUAGCGUUCCUGCCGCGACCAAUGGCGAGUUUACACCUGUAUUGUUGCAGUACAAUGGCAGCACGUUUGCCCACGAGGAGGAGAACGCUAAUGAUGCACCGCCCAAGGUGGAGCUGCUGAAGAACACUAGCGCUUUGGCAUUGGCGCAAAAUUACAGCUCUGAUAGUGAUGACGAGCAGGAUGCGGAAGAUGAUAGCAACGGUCAGGGGCAACUGAAACAGCAGCCACAACAAUCGGCGUCCUCCGGGGGCAUUAGCUCUAAGCCCGCUGCGGUUUUAGCACCACCGCCUCUAUUGAACUUUCCCCUGCCCGAGGAGACGCUGCGUCAUAUCAUCGACAAGACGGCGACGUAUGUAAUCAAGAAUGGUCGCCAAUUCGAGGAAACGCUGCGUACGAAAAGCGUCGAGCGAUUCAAUUUUCUGCUUCCCGAGCACAAGUUCUAUGCCUAUUACAUGUACAAAAUAACCGGUGAUGUGGAUGCCGCAUCCAAAGAGGAGAAGACUCGUAAAGCAGCAGCUGUUGCAGCUGCAUUGAUCAGCAAAAAGGGUCUUAGCUUAGGCGGCGGUGCGGCAGCAGCUGCAGCUGCUUCUGCUUCUACCUUAACUGCUGCUGCUUCCACCUCCACGUCCAGCUCGAGUGAAAAGUCUCCCGUGUGCUUCUCCAUACGUGCACGCGAUGAGAAUGCGCCACUGCAACCAGCAUUGCCACAGGAUGGCAGUGAUGAUGAUGCCGAUGAUGCCAAGGCCAAAACAAAUGCGGAACAGGUGCGUUCUGGCAUGCCCGACAGCGUACAACGUGCCAUCAAGCAGGUGGAAACGCAACUGUUGGCCAGAAGUGGCAGCCAGAAGGCGGCAGGUGCAGCAGCCACAACGGCCGCAACGGCGGGAGCAACAAUGCCAUUAAAAGAACAGCGUCAGGCUGAGGAGCGUGUCAAGGACAAGCUGGCACUGAUAGCACGCGACAAGCUGAACGGAAUGAUAUCGCGGGAGAAGCAACUGCAACUGGAACGCAAGCGGAAAGCAAUGGCAUUUCUUAAUCAAAUUAAAGGUGAAAACUCAGGCAUUGGUGCAACGGCUUUGCCAGAGGCGACAGUCGCUACACAGGAUGCGAGAAGAGCGGAAUCGGAAGCGUUAGCCGCAAAUAGCAAUGGUGACUCCAAUGAUUCAGUGCGGUCCAUACCAAUCACUUACUUUGGACCUGAUGAUGAUGAAGAUGAUGAGGAUUUGAGUCAGACAGCGGGUGUGCAGCAGGCUCCCAAAGCGCAGAAUGACGACGAUGAGGAGGAUGAUGGCGAUCUUGAGAAAUAUAAUUUACUUAACGACGACAGCACCAAUACGUACACUAGCAAAGCGCCAACAGCGCCCGUCCUGCUAUCCGAUGAUGACGAUGUGCAGCUGGUUUCCACAGCAGCCCCAUUGACAUCAUCAUCAUCAUCGACCGGACGCCAUCGCACUGCUGUCCGUCGAAGUCGUAGUCCAAGUCGCAGUAGCAGUUGCUCUAUUACACAAGAUGCUUCAGUGACCUCAACCAGCAGCAAUGCAAGCGGUCGACGCAGUCGCAGCCGUAGUCGCAGUUCGCAUCGGCACCGACAGCGUCAACGGCACAAGCGCAAAUCCACCGCCAUAUCAAAGCACCGACGUCGCCGACGCAGUCGCAGCCGCAGCUCAUCACGUAGCUCUCGGCAUAAGCAACGCACUCGUAGUCGCAGUCGCAGUCGUAGCAGCAGCCAUUCAAGCUCACGUCGUCAUCGUGGCCAUCAUCGGAACGAAGAAGAGUCAUCCUCGCGUCGCAGAAAUCAUCAGCGACAUGCCAGCAAAAGGAGUCACAAGCGUCACAAGCGCCGACGACGCAGCAGCGGCGGUUCCGUUUCCCAAUAAUGACCCAGCAUUGUCUUAAGAAUUUUAGCUGUUAAGUUCAGAGAAAACGUGUAAAUUUCCCAUUUGCCUGCGCGCACUUCUCCGUCUUCUUUUAAAACGUUGAGCAAUCUUUUUGAAUGCGUCCAACCAUUUUUUUGCCAGUUAAUAAUAAAAUAUAAUAAUAAGAAAUUUUGCAUUUUGAGUUUCCUGAAAAACUAAAGGUAAAUGUUGUAGAGGUUGUUGAUAUAAAGUAC